UCCCCUCAGCGACUGGCGGGGCCCGGCGAACCGCCUUUAACAGCUGAAGUGCGUUGCGAGUGGGAGGCGGCGGCUGGUCCUCAGCGGUGUUUGGGAAGAUGGCGCCUCCGGUAACGGACCGGGGGCUGAAGAGCAUCGUGUGGCAGAAGAUAAAAGCAACAGUGUUUGAUGACUGCAAGAAAGAAGGCGAAUGGAAGAUAAUGCUUCUAGAUGAAUUUACCACUAAGCUUUUGGCAUCGUGUUGCAAAAUGACAGAUCUUCUAGCAGAGGGUAUAACUGUUGUGGAGAAUAUUUAUAAGAAUCGAGAACCUGUCAGACAAAUGAAGGCUCUUUAUUUUAUCUCUCCAACAUCAAAGUCUGUAGACUGUUUUUUACGUGAUUUCGGAAGUAAAUCGGAGAACAAAUACAAAGCAGCAUAUAUCUACUUCACUGACUUUUGCCCUGAUAGUCUCUUUAACAAAAUUAAGGCUUCUUGCUCCAAGACAAUAAGAAGAUGUAAAGAAAUAAAUAUUUCCUUCAUUCCACUUGAAUCUCAGGUAUAUACUCUUGAUGUACCAGAUGCAUUCUAUUACUGUUACAAUCCAGACCCUAGUAAUGCAAAUGGAAAAGAUAUCAUCAUGGAAGCGAUGGCUGAGCAGAUAGUUACAGUAUGUGCUACCUUGGAUGAAAAUCCUGGAGUCAGAUAUAAAAGUAAACCUCUGGAUAAUGCCAGUAAACUUGCUCAGCUUGUUGAAAAAAAACUUGAAAACUACUACAAGAUUGAUGAAAAGAGCCUAAUAAAGGGUAAAACUCAUUCCCAGCUCAUAAUAAUUGAUCGUGGCUUUGAUCCUGUGUCCACUGUCCUGCAUGAACUGACCUUUCAGGCAAUGGCAUAUGAUCUACUGCCGAUUGAGAAUGAUACAUACAAAUAUAAAACAGAUGGGAAAGAAAAGGAGGCAAUCCUUGAAGAAGAUGAUGACCUCUGGGUCAGAAUUCGACAUCGGCAUAUUGCAGUUGUAUUAGAGGAAAUUCCCAAGCUUAUGAAAGAAAUUUCAUCAACAAAGAAAGCAACAGAAGGAAAGACAUCACUUAGUGCUCUUGCCCAGUUGAUGAAAAAGAUGCCCCAUUUCCGUAAACAGAUUACUAAGCAAGUUGUUCAUCUUAACUUAGCAGAAGAUUGCAUGAAUAAGUUCAAGCCUAAUAUAGAAAAGCUCUGCAAAACUGAACAGGACCUGGCACUUGGAACUGAUGCAGAAGGACAGAAAGUCAAAGAUGCUAUGCGAGUACUCCUUCCAGUUCUACUCAACAAAAAUCAUGAUAAUUAUGAUAAAAUAAGAGCAAUCCUACUUUAUAUAUUCAGUAUUAAUGGAACUACGGAAGAAAACUUGGACAGGUUGAUCCAGAAUGUAAAGAUAGAAAAUGAGAGUGACAUGAUUCGUAACUGGAGUUACCUUGGUGUUCCCAUAGUCCCUCCCUCUCAACAAGGCAAACCGUUAAGAAAGGAUCGGUCUGCAGAAGAAACGUUUCAGCUCUCUCGAUGGACACCUUUUAUCAAAGAUAUUUUGGAGGAUGCCAUCGAUAAUAGAUUAGAUUCAAAAGAGUGGCCAUAUUGUUCCCAGUGUCCAGCAGUAUGGAAUGGCUCAGGAGCUGUAAGUGCUCGGCAGAAACCCAGAGCUAAUUAUUUAGAGGAUCGAAAAAAUGGGUCUAAGCUGAUUGUUUUUGUAAUCGGAGGAAUUACAUACUCUGAAAUGCGUUGUGCUUAUGAAGUAUCUCAGGCACAUAAAUCCUGUGAAGUUAUUAUUGGUUCCACGCAUAUUUUAACACCCAAAAAGCUGUUGGAUGAUAUAAAGAUGCUGAAUAAACCCAAGGAUAAAGUCUCCUUUAUUAAAGAUGAAUAGCAUUUUAGCUGGGGAGGGAUUUGGAGAUUCUUAUUAAUUUGAUCAACUAAAGUAGAUCAAGACAUUGUGGCUGUCAUGUAUUUUAAAAAAUGUAAAUAUUUUAAGGAAUAAUGACUUUUCAAAUAUAUUUCUUAAGGGACUGUUUAUGAUUGCAUAUCAUUGGAUUUGCUAUUUUUAAUUUAAAUAUUGUUGCUGCUUUAUAGAUGAUGAGAAGAAAUGUUAAAAUGCUUUCUAAAAGGAAAUAUUUUCAGCUUUGGAACAGAAUAUAUUACAGUUGUGGGUAAUUUUUCACAGCCACCUAUGUACAUACUAAUUACUUACUAGAUACUUAUCUGUCUAAUGCUGAAGUAUAGUUUUUUGGGAAAGAAUGAUUUUAAAUGAAAAGGUUGUAAAAGUAAAAACUGUGAACUUGUAUGUAUGAUAGAAUGAUUUCCUAUAAGUGCAGUUUUUCUUUCAACUGAAAUUCAUAACUUUUAUAUGUAAAGUAAGUUAGUCAUUAAUAGGAAUAGAAUGAUUUCACAGUAUAUACUCUUGCUAGAUACUUCUGAAGAACACAAUUUUGUAUAAUUCUGAAUAAUGUAUGUUUAAAUUAGCAAACAAAAAUAAUCAUGAACAUUCUAAGAGAAAAUAAAUAUAUACUGACAAAAAUUAUCUCUGUUUUUUGGCAGGGAGGAAGGGGAAAUUGGGAAAUUUUAAAGUUCUAAGUCAGAGAAUUACAAAGAAGAAAAAGAAUGCAUCAUAAUCUUCCCACCAAGAUAACUCCCUUUGACCUACGAAAAUAAUAAUGUAAUCUUUGUAUACGGUUAGAUAAUGUAAGGAUAUGUGUGCACAUGUGUUAUACAAAGGGAACAUCUUCAUUUCAGAUCUCUCCUUUUACCUGGCCUCAUAGUGUUCUAUCAUAGAGUGGACUGUAAUUUAUAUAUCCCUCAUCUUCAGAGUUUUGCUCUUACAAAUAAUGCUGCAUUGUUUGGGUACAUACCUGUGCAAACUUACACAAAUAUUUCUAUAAUAUAAAUAUCUAGCAAGGACAUAGCUGUCUAAAGUAUUUGUGCAUUUAAAAUACUGCUAGAUAUCACCAUUUAAAAUUUUUAUGUAGGGACUUCCCUGGUGGUCCAGGGGCUAAGACUCCACGCUCUCAAUGCGGGGGGCCUGGAUUCGAUCCCUGGUCAGGGAACUAGAUCCUACACGCUGCCAUGCUGCAACCUAGUGUUGGCAUGCCACAACUAAAAGAUCCCGCACACCACAACUAAAAAGACCCCACAUACAGCAACUAAAGAUCCCGCCUGCCACAACUAAGACCCGAUGGAGCCAAAUAAAUAAAUUAAUUAAAUAAAUAAAUACUAAAAAAAUAAAAAUUUUAUGUAGAUCAAUCCAUCACUUUUCCUGUGUGGCUUGCAAAUUUAUGUUGUACUUAGAAAUAUCUUUGCACCCGAGAUUGUAAAUUCACCCAUCGAUCUUCUAGAGCAUUUUGAUAGUUUCAUUUUA